UUUCGCUGCAGCCUCGAGCGGAGCUCCGCCUGCGGCUUUAGGCUCAGUCUGAACGGCAUGACCGCCGCUCCGCGAGCCGUGAGGUUCGGAGUUCCGGACACACCUGAAGGCAUCACGCGACAGGUUCUUCCAGUAAACAGCGCGAGGGGUUUUCACCGCGAGCAGGAAGUUUGACGUUUAACGUGGAGACUGUUCCUGCUGUUUCAGACAUGAGCGAGCGGGCUCUGGUUCUGGUUCUGUUACCGUGAAGCGACAUGAGGACUUUCAGAACCAUCCUCCUUCUCGUGCUCGUGACCGGCUCGGCAGCGGUCACGGUUUUAAAAGGACACAAAAACUCGUGCCCGAGACAGGACCUGAACUGCUCCGUCAAAUUCAGUAACUGCAUGGACCCCGGAUGGCUGAAGGUGCACGAUUACACCCCCAAUGCUCCAGAGGAGCUGCAGGCUCGGGUCGUCACCAUGACAGACGGCAGUGGCCGGCAGCAGGCGGUCCUGCAGGCGCAGUGGACGAUAAAGGAUGAUGGCAGCAUCAGCUACCUGAAUGCCACUGAGCUCCACCUCCUCACCAUCUCCACCGGGCGCAACGACUGUCUUCGAUAUUCCUUUAAGGACAAACUUUCCAUGAGGGACCAGUCAUGGAAAAAGUGGUCGAUCACCUCAGAGGUGCUGGUUCUGCAGCCGGGUCAGGACUACAAAGUCUCUGUCUUCAACAUCCCCAAACCAGAGGAAGGUCACAGCUUCUACGACGUCAGCACCAGAGUGCGGGUUCCAGACUGUGGAGCUGCUGAAAUGAAGAAUACCCAGUUCUGCAUAGAAACAGGUGAGUGUGGUUUGUGCGCAGGUGAGCGUGCAGGUGAGCGUGCAGGCAGCCAGUGGCAGCCCAACAUCAGCAUGAGUCCGACUGCAGACAGCUCUCUGUUGGUCAGCUUCACGCCUGACCUGAACUGCUACAGAUACGAGGUCUUUGUGACCUGCGGGAGGGAAGUCCAAGUGGCCCAAGUUCUCCAGAACGGCAACCAAGACCUGAACGCCUCCUUCUUGCUCUCCAGGUGGCCGAGAUCCUGCUGCGAGUUUAACGUUCAGGUCAAACCCAUCUGCCCGCUGUGCCAAAGCGACUGUCCCAGAAGACACCAACGUGGAGAUUUUUGUGGAAUGGUUCCCAUGCAGAAGCCCGACCCGCCGUACCCGUUCGCCGUGGUGGCGGGGAUCCUCUCCUGCAUCGUGCUGGUCGCUGCCGGCUGCUGUCUCUUCAGGAAAAAAGGGAAAGCGUUUCCUCCCGAGCCCCCCCAGAACCCGGACCGGGAGCGUCUGGAGCCGCUGCUGCAUCCUCCCAAAGUCCUGGUCAUCUACUCCCAGGACCACCGCCUGUACCGGGACGUGGUCCUGAAGCUGUGCGCCUUCCUCCAGGCCAAGUGCGGCACCAAGGUUCUGGUGGACCUGCUGGACUCCACCUCGGUCAGCAUGGUGGGCCGGGUGCGCUGGCUGGAGUGGCAGCGGCAGCAGCUCAGCAACCCGUCUGAUAAGAUCCUGGUGCUGUGCUCUCGGGGGGUCCAGGCCAAGUGGAGGGCCAUGUGCGGCCAGGGCCGCGUGACCCUGAGGGAGGACGUGAACUCCCCCACCGACGACAUGCUCAUCCCCUUCCUGAACCUCUUCCUGCCCGACAUGCACCAGGCGGGCAUGCUGGGAAAAUACCUGGUAGCGUACUUCGAGGACGUCAGCAGCGAGGAGGACGUGCCGUCCGUCUUCAACCUCGCCGCCAAGUACAGCCUGAUGAAGCACUUCGAGGAGCUCUUCUUCCGACUCCUGGACGUGGAGAAGUACCAGCCGGAUCGGAUCAACCACAUCCUGGGGAUCGGGGAGGACGAGUACUCCAGCUGCCCGUCGGGGAGGGCCCUGAGGGACGCCAUCCAGACCUUCAAGGCCUUCCAGCAGGAGAACCCGGACUGGUUCCAGAAGGAGUGCGUGGAGAGCGAGGAGGACGCCGCCGUGGAGGUCCAGCAGGUCUGGGAGCAGAUCCCCGCCGUUCUGGAGUGCGUUCCCGCCAUCAGAGACGGACCUCCGGUCUACGCCUGCGACGUGAGCGUCACCGAACCCCGCAGCAGCGUCCUGCUGCUCUCCCCUGAGCUGGAGCCACAGCUGCCGCCGGCGCCCGUGGUCGAACUCCUGCCCGCGGUGCUUCAUCAUCAUCAUCAGCACCACCAGGUCCAGCUGCUGCCCCCACACCCCCCCACUCCAGAGGUCCGCAUCCAUCAGCCCGUUCUGGACUUGCAGCCCCCCGCAGGAGGAACCUGGCUCUCUCCGGUGGAACGGGCCGUGACCCAGAACCCCACGGAGGAUGACGAAGACGCUCCCGCUCCGUCCUUCCUCACUUUCCCGCCCUCUGCUGUCGGGUCCUCCAUUCCCGAGGAACACGAGGACCAGCUGGAGCCCAACAGGAAGGGCCCCCGGAGCGGAUCCGACCAGGGCUACAGCUCCUGCCUGACGGCGCUGUGAGGGAGGAGCCAGUGGGGGCGUGGCUCCAGCUGGACUGAUGAACGUCUGCCUCCAGAGGGCCCGUGGAACCCUCACAUGGACCCGUUUGGAGGUGGAGCCUGUUAGUGACUUUUACAGAUUUUGGUUCACAUGAUUCCAGACUGGAUCAGAACCAGAUACUUUAUCCGGGGGUCGGCAAC